CGGCGGCGGCUCUGCCCAUCGCCAGGGCGGCGGCCGCCCAGCCGGAGCCCGCCGAGACCCGCGCGGCCCGCUCCGCUGCCGUCGCCCCCCAUGCGCGGGGGUCGCUCCGCUGGGUCCUUGGCCUUGGCGGCGGCGGACAAGAAGGCGGCACAGGACGGGCGGCUCCGGGCUCCAGCGCGGAUGGAAGGUCCCCGGGUGUAUGUUUGCUGAGCGGAGGCUGUGCAGUAGGCAGGGCCGGUGUGUCGGCCGGUGUUUCUGAUUUGUGUGUGUGUGUGUGUAUUGUUGUGCAGCGCACGGGCAGGACUGGCGUGUGCGGGAGCCUGGGAUCGCGGCUCUGCCUUCUCUGCAAAGAUUGAUCCAGGACUAUGGUCUAGGGGAAGGGGAAAGGCUCUUGCUCACCCCACGGAUUGGUUAUGCUCGGGUUUUGAUUGCAUUCGGGGGGUUCUGCAGCCGCGGACACCACCCUCUCCCCGUCAGCCCCCCUCGCUUGUUUUCCGUUAGAAACACGGACAAGAAAAUAAAUGUAUUCACUGGGUGUCGCAAGAGCAAAGGCUAAAUAAUCAAAGGUAACAGCCGCAAGGCGAAGAGACCCGUACUGUAUCCUGCUCUCCCACUCCCAGACCUGCCCUCCUAUUUAUUGGCGAGACCGACCUCCCUCCCUUUUGGUGCGAGUGUGUGCGAGUGUUUGAUCCCGGGAAAAGUGCAGCCAUCCAGCCAUGGUGGUUUUCAAUGGCUUGCUGAAAAUCAAGAUCUGCGAGGCGGUGAAUCUGAAACCCACAGCGUGGUCUCUGAGACAUGCAGUGGGUCCCAGACCACAGACCUUUUUGCUGGACCCUUACAUAGCCCUCAAUGUGGAUGACUCCAGGAUCGGUCAGACCUCAACCAAGCAAAAGACCAACAGUCCUGCUUGGAACGAUGAAUUUGUCACUGACGUUUGUAAUGGCAGGAAGAUAGAGAUGGCUGUUUUCCAUGAUGCCCCCAUCGGGUAUGACGAUUUUGUAGCUAACUGCACUAUACAGUUUGAGGACUUGCUGCAGAACGGGAGCCGCCACUUCGAGGACUGGAUUGACCUGGAGCCAGAAGGGAGAGUGUAUGUCAUCAUAGACCUUUCAGGAUCAUCAGGUGAAGCACCCAAAGACAAUGAAGAACGUGUGUUCCGGGAGCGUAUGCGCCCCAGGAAGCGGCAAGGUGCUGUGCGACGCAGAGUACACCAGGUUAAUGGACACAAGUUUAUGGCCACUUAUCUUAGACAACCAACAUAUUGUUCGCACUGCAGAGAUUUUAUAUGGGGUGUAAUAGGAAAACAGGGAUAUCAAUGUCAAGUUUGCACUUGUGUAGUCCACAAGAGAUGCCAUGAACUUAUAAUAACGAAAUGUGCUGGCUUAAAAAAACAGGAAACUCAUGACGAGCAAGUGGGAUCCCAGCGUUUCAGUGUCAAUAUGCCUCACAAGUUCAGCAUUCACAACUACAAAGUGCCCACAUUCUGUGACCACUGUGGUUCAUUGCUCUGGGGUCUUUUGAGACAAGGUUUACAAUGCAAAGUUUGCAAGAUGAAUGUACAUCGACGCUGUGAAACAAAUGUGGCACCAAACUGUGGAGUGGACGCUAGAGGCAUAGCUAAAGUUCUUGCAGAUCUUGGAGUCACUCCGGAUAAAAUCACUAACAGUGGGCAGAGGAGGAAAAAGCUAAUUGCAGGUGCAGAGACUCAACAGCCAGUUCCUGGAAGCUCUUCAUCAGAAGAAGAUAGGUCAAAGUCAGCACCAACUUCACCAUGUGAUCAAGAAAUCAAAGAGCUGGAAAACAAUAUUAGGAAAGCAUUAUCAUUUGACAAUCGAGGAGAGGAGCACAGAGCAACUGCUACAACAUCGACAGACAACCAGCUUAACAAAGCUGGGGAGAAUGGUGAAAACGGAGAGGUCAAACAGGCCCAGACCAAGCGAAUAGGCCUCGAAGAGUUCAACUUCAUCAAAGUAUUAGGGAAAGGCAGCUUUGGCAAGGUAAUGUUAGCUGAGCUGAAAGGAAAAGAUGAAGUAUAUGCAGUGAAAGUUUUGAAGAAAGAUGUCAUACUUCAGGAUGAUGAUGUAGACUGUACAAUGACAGAAAAGAGAAUUCUGGCAUUAGCACGGAAACACCCAUACCUAACACAACUUUACUGCUGCUUCCAGACGAAGGACCGCCUCUUUUUCGUCAUGGAAUAUGUAAAUGGAGGAGACUUAAUGUUUCAAAUCCAGCGCUCUCGUAAAUUUGAUGAACCUCGAUCCCGCUUCUAUGCAGCAGAGGUCACAUCAGCACUCAUGUUUCUUCACCAACAUGGUGUCAUCUACAGGGACCUGAAACUGGACAAUAUUCUUCUGGAUGCAGAAGGCCACUGUAAACUGGCUGACUUUGGAAUGUGCAAAGAAGGGAUUCUAAAUGGAGUGACCACCACAACCUUUUGUGGCACACCUGACUAUAUAGCUCCAGAGAUCCUGCAGGAGUUAGAAUAUGGCCCAUCUGUAGACUGGUGGGCUCUGGGUGUUCUCAUGUAUGAAAUGAUGGCUGGGCAACCCCCCUUUGAAGCUGACAAUGAAGAUGACCUCUUUGAAUCCAUCCUUCAUGAUGAUGUCUUAUAUCCAGUCUGGCUUAGCAAAGAAGCUGUCAGCAUUUUAAAAGCAUUCAUGACAAAAAACCCAAACAAACGACUUGGCUGUGUAGCAUCACAGAAUGGUGAAGAUGCAAUUAAGCAGCAUCCAUUUUUCAAAGAAAUUGACUGGGUUCUUCUAGAACAAAGGAAAAUCAAGCCACCCUUCAAACCUCGGAUUAAAACCAAAAGGGAUGUAAAUAACUUUGAUCAAGACUUUACACGAGAAGAACCAGUAUUAACGCUAGUGGAUGAGGCAAUUAUAAAACAAAUCAAUCAAGAAGAAUUUAAAGGGUUCUCUUAUUUUGGAGAGGAGCUACUGCCCUAGACAACAUUAGGCUGACAAGAUGAAUGAUGCUGCAAGAAGCGAUUCAGAAGAGAUCAUCACAUUACUGAGACUCAGUAGAUCAAGAACUACUUCUCUUACCCUGAGCCCAUAUCCCAAAAUAGAGUAUAUAUUUAUUAGUUACUUUCCUUUUAUCUUCUAACCUGAAAGCGCUCUUAAUUUCUGUCUCAAAAAGUGAUGCAAAAUGAUUUUGUGUCAGAAACUGUAGAUGUAACACACUGCCAUAUGUGUGCAACUCUUCUUUGAUUCCUAAGGUCUCCUCAGAGGACAAAAUUGCAUCUUUUCCGUGGAAAAUGAAGCUGUGUUACUAAAAGUGAUUUAGCACAUUACAAUCUGUAAUCGUCGUAUUUAAGCUAAGAAAGUGCAAGCUGUUUCUUCUGCACUGAUGGUCAUGGUGAGAUCUGUGCUCAUCCAUACCAUUGUUCUUUGGUAAGCAAAGAAGUCUGCCUUGGUGGGGGUGUAAUCCUCAAUUCUGAAUUUAUUUGGUGAGGUAUAAACUUAAAGCUGUAUGGACAAAGAAGCACAUCAGUUACGACUUUUCUUGUACAACUUACAGAAAAUUCUUAGGAAUAAGAAGAGUCACAAAGAUUACUGAAAUUUUAUUUCAAACAAGACAUAGUACAUGGAUAGUUACUAAAGGGCUAAUGAAUAAAAAGCCUAUAGUACUUUACCAGAGCUAUAUAUAGGCAUUUUACAGUUUUUCAGGACAUUGGAUGUACUAUCCAUGUUACCAAAUUUAAUAUCCAUUUCAAUAAACCAUUAAUGUGAUGGCAAGCUUGUAAGUGUUUACAGUUAAUUUUAGAUUAAGAAAUUAAUUAUAAACAUUAUAAAUUUGCCUUUUCCAUUGUAGCUAAGUUGGUAUGAUUUCUUAUUUAUAUUUAUUUUCUCAGCAGUGUGUUACUUUUACACACUUCUACAAAACCUUAAUACUACUGUGUUUGUUUAAAAUCUAAAGAGAAAUCUGCUUUUAAAAGACACAAAAUAAGGCUAUACAUGCAUUAUAUUGAAGUGUAUAAAAAAUGAAGAUCAAACAUUCACAAACUGACAUUACUGAAAGUUGUAAAUUGAUAUUUUUUUUUUGGUGUAUGAAUUGAACUGGUAACUCAUGUGGACAAUAUUACUAAUGUGAAGUUACCUCUUGUAGAUAUGCUAACAGUGUUAUGUACUUAUAUUUUCAGGAGUACCCUGUGGUUUGUUUUUGGGUUUUUUUUGUGUACAUGUAUUGCUGAGGUCAUUUUAUUAUAUAUUUUACUGGACUGAGUGAGCAGUCAUUGGAACCCAUUUUAAUUGUUGCACAUGGGUUUCCAGCUGCACAAAAAUAUAUAUACUUGUGAUUGGCAAAGUGGCACUAAAGAAGCUUUUUUGCCUUUUGUACAGGUGAGAUCUUGUAUAUAGUGUUUGCUGCAAGGCCUGUGGAAUUCAUUGAAUAUAGAGGUAUCAACUGCUGCAUGUUCAGGCAUACUAUUAAAAUGUUAGUCUAUGACAGAAUAAUUAUAAUAACGUCCAUGUGCAAUACCCUUCUAUGUGUAUUGGUUCAAGUUACUGUCAGAGAGGUGAGGUUUUUGUUAUAAAAGAUGUAGACAUACGUUAAGCUAUACUAAAUCUCUUGUAUAGUUCUCUUCAACUCUAUUGUGACAUGAUAGAGGUUGGAAAGAGAAAGGAAUGUUACAAAUCGUAGUGGACAAAGUGUGAAUCCUUGGCUUUACGAGAUAAUCUCAGUCUUGAGCAGAUGAGUUAGUUUGUGUCAGUUUUGCGUCUGGCUGCUCAUAGCCUGUUAGUGAUGACAACAUUCAGUUCCAUUUUGUUUUGUUUUUAAAACUCAGGUGUAAUUAUUAUAUAUAUUCUGAUGAUGAUUUCAAAAUAUUAAAUAUUAUGGUAUAUCAAUUAAUGUGUUGUCCGGCCUACAGGUGUAAUAAUGGAUCAAGCCUUUAGUUUAAUUUAAUUUAUCUUCAGUAAUCUUUUGUACUGGGAAAAGACUAGCUGCUGGAGCUGAGUACCAGCACAGAAACAUGCAAUGAUUGCAUCAUCUCAAGGUUUAAAUUUCUUUCUCUUUUAGAAAUAUAUUGUAGAACUGCCCAUCAAUUUGUGUCUCGCCACUGGCUCUGUUUAUUCCUCAUCAUGGUUAGCUUUUGACAUCCAGGCAAGAACUGAUCACAACGCUAAGGUGUUCUUUUCUGUACGUGAGCAGGCUGGAUAGGAAGACUUAUUGGAUAGUGCACUACUGUUUGUACAAGAGGCCUUUACACAAAACUCUUGAGCAUUUAUUUUGAAGGAAUUAAAAGCACCCCAUAAAGCCUUUGUAAGCAAGCUACAUGGUCUCUAUUCCCUUUUCUAACAUGAAGAUAUUUAGCAAAUGUUUGUAUUCUAGGAGGCCUCAGCACCUGCACUGUUUGUUAGAAUGCUAAAAGAGAAGUGAAGGAGGUUAAAAACCUUGUGCAUGGGCAGAUACUUCUUCAAUAUAAAUAGUUAGAUUCUCUGCAUUGGGUUUACAUCAGGUUUGUCUGUUACCUUGAACAUUUUUUAAAGAUAAUUCUUGAAAAUGGACAUUCUGUUACAUUUCUGCCUGUUCUGUAAAAUUUUUCCUGUUCCUUCUUUGUAAAACAAGUGCAAAAUGCCAAAAAUAUUAUUAUUAAUUAUUAUUAUUAUAAAGAAUCCAUUGUUUCUUGGUUUUCCUCCCAAACAGACUUUGCUAAAAAAUGGAAACACAUUUUUCUCCAUAGGGUGAAAAAAUAAUUAUUUCCAAAACAUGCUUACAAAUUACCUCUUUUUAAAUUAUGUGCAGAAUAGUUCUGGCUAAACAGAAAAUGUAUUCAGUUGGGGGGGUAGGGUUGUGGGGUUUUUUAUUGUGAGGAUUUAUUUGUACAGGGUUUUUUUUUUUGUUAUGGAUGUAAUUUGAAUCUCUUGCCAUUCAUUAGUGUUAUUUCAUCGUAAACAUUAUUACUGUGCCAAAUGUACUGUAUUCAAAAGGAUGUGAAUGUGUAUUGUUUCAGAACCUAAUAAAUACAAUGAUCAUAAAUCUUUUUUUUCCCCCCCAAAGUUUUCCUGCAUAUUUUCUAAAGAGGAAGAAAGAAAGAUGAAGGAUUAAUAUUUUUUCCUGUUCUGUGUUAUACAAAAUACCAUGAGUUUGUCUUUU